CAAUGCCUCGAGGAGUCUAUCGUGGCUGAUAUCAUAAUACAGGGUGCUUUCCAGGUGCAUCUCCCACUUGCGUGAGCCCACAUCGCUCAAGAUGUCGAAGAUAUGCCCUGGCAGCCCUCUGAAAGACCCUGUCCUAUAUCUCCACGAUGUUCCUGCUGCUAUCACUAUAAAGCAUCUCAAAUCAGCUCUGCAAACGGCGACCAUCGAUUUUGACGAAGCAGCGCGAUAUGCCAUCGUCACAUUUCCCUCGCCCAUGCUUGAGAGCUAUGAAGGCUGGUGUCGUCUGCUCCGUCUCGGAGACGUCCGACGUGAAUUUGUCUUUGUCCGCCACCCCGCCGGAGCGCCUGGACCAGGCACCUCAGGCUGCGAGUCCGGAUCCGUCUCGAAGGGAUAAGAUCCUUCAAGUCCCCAAGGACGAUAAUGGAAAGAUUGCGAAACGGGGCUCAGAUUCAGACCUCAAAGAGAAGGAGAAGAAUGAAUGCAGACCCACCGAUGUUGAUCGCGACCAGGGUCAUGCCCGCUUCUCAUCUAGUCGAUCGCAAUGUGCUGAUCAAUUUGCCGAAAAGCCACCUUCUGUACAAGCACCUCCCGUCGUGGAUUCCAUCACUCUUCAGCGAUUGUUGAAGGAAGAACGCGAGCAAUCAGAUAAACGGAAUUCUGAUCAUAUUCGAACUUUGGAGAAGAAAGUCGUCGAGCUUCAGCGUCAGAAUAACAUUGCCGAAUUAGAGUUGCAAAGUCAGCGACAGCAGAUGUCCAAUCUGAAACGGGACAUCAACGGUUCGACUCUGGCAAGAGCACUGCAGGCCCUUAGCGACGAGAAGGAUGACCUUGAGCAGAAACUAGCGGAUCUGAGCUCGGAGGUCGAGACGAUGAAGCUUUGCCAGACACAGCUCGAGGAAGAACGAUCACGAUUACUCGAUUCCCGUGACGAGUUACAGAGCACCAAAGAGCAACUGAAAGCGCUGUGCUGCGAGUUGGAGGACAUGGAGCGGGAGAUCACAGAGACCAACCAUGUCGUUCGAGCGGCUAGUUUCAAACACUCGCUCGAAAUCUUCGAUCUGCGAAAACAGCUAUGCCUCGCCAACUCACGAUGCAAGAUACUGGAGCUUGAAAGAGAUAAGCCACUCUGGGAAGAAGCUAGAGUAAAGAGAGAACGGAAAGAGCAGAAGGAACGAGAGAUGGAGGAGAGGCGACGGGCCGAGGAAAUCUUGGAGUCUAUGCGCAAGACGGAGGAAGAGGAGCGACGAAAGGAACAAGACAGGACCAAGAUAGAGGAAGAGGCUCGCCGAGAACGAGAGAGAGCUCAGGCUGAGCAUGAAGAAAGGCAGAGAUUGCAGCGGCAAAAGUGGCACGAAGCAACGAAGGCUGAGAAGCGGCGAUGCCAGAGACGGGAUAAGGAGAAGUGGAAUCUCGAAAACUGGACGGAUUCCCAGGCGGUUGAACGUUUUCUCGUCCUGACGGACGAGUUCGAGACCACAGAGUACUCUAAAUCGAAACCGUUGACGUCUUCAGGCAUACCUUGGCCUGUGCUUACCAAUCCUCGACGAUUCAAGGUGACGGAUCUUGACGAUUGGCAGGCUGUGGAUGACUUCUUCAAAUUUGCGAAGCGCUAUCAGGAGGCGCAUGUGUACAAGAAGAUGGUGAUGAGGGCAAAGCAGAUGUUCCAUCCUGACCGAUGGAAGUCGAGGAGCCUGUUGAGGACCGUGAUGGAUGAUUCAGUUCGUUCUUCUCUUGAAACAGCUGGAAACAAGGUAUCUCAGGCAGUGAAUGCUUUGUGAAUUCUACCUUUUCUAUAGUCUCGUCUUCGCCAAUGCCAGAUGUACAUUAUGUAUGUUGUAGUAUCACACAAUCUAUGCUGACCAACAUCAAGCUUCACAAUAA